AUGGGGCGGGAGCGGCGGGGCCGAGCGCGGCUGCCCCCGCUGCUCCUGGCGCUGCUGGGGCUCGGCCCAGAGCUGCUCUUCGGCCAUGCCCGCGCCGCGGCGCCGCGGCCGGUGCACGGCGUACUCGGCGGCUCGGUGCUGCUGGCACCGGCGCUGCCGCCCAACCGGACGGUGAAGGAGAUCGAGUGGAGCUUCUCGGGCGGCACCGGCGCCACCAUCCAGGUGGCCGAGGUGGGCCCGGGCGGCUUCGAGCGGCCGGACCCCCGCGACCGCUUCGGCCGGCGCCUGGAGCCCGUCAACGGCACGGCGCUGCGGCUGCGGCAGCUGCAGCGCGGCGACAGCGGCGUCUUCGGCGCCAGGAUCAAGCUGCAGCCGGCCCUGGUGGACGACCAGGCCUUCAACCUCACCGUCCACGAGGCGGUGCCCAGCCCGCGCACCCGCAGCCAGCUGCUGGCCAGCACCCUGCACUGGUGCAACCUGACGCUGCAGUGCCAGGGCAGCGGGCACGGCGCCGUCAACGUCAGCUGGGCCUGGGCCGAGCCGGGCCCCGCGUGGCACCGGCUGUCCCCCGACGGCACCACGCUGCGCGUGGCGCUGCCGCCCGCCGCCACCAACGUCACCUACGCCUGCACCGUCAGCAACCCCGCCGACAGCAAGGUCGCCCUGUUCCACCUGCACAGCCUCUGCCAGGGCGCCGGGGGGCACUCGGCUUUCUCCACCUCGGGCUACGUGGUGCUGGCGCUGGUCCUGGUGGCCGUGAGCCUGGGCGGCGCCUUCUGGUGCUGGAGGGUCAACAGCGAGAAGGCGGCACGGGCAGCCGCCACGCCCACGGCGCCUCCCGAGGAGAGCCCCGGGGAGCCCCAAUACAGCGACAUCGUCUGCAGGAGCCCCCCCGAGGGCAACGACCAGGUCCCCCCCCCAAAAACUGCGGGGGGACCCCAAAAACUCUCCAUUUUUGGGCCAUUUUGGCUCUGUUUUGGGUCGGUUUCAGGCCCGCAGCCGUUCCCUCUGUUCACGCCGGGCUCGGCGCCGCUUUUUGCCUCCUCCAGCCCCGUUGGGGCGCCGCCAUUUCCCGCCCCCCCGGCCCCGGCGGGACCGGAAGCGGAAGCGCGUGGGCGCGCGCGCUGCCCGGAAGCGCGUGGGCGGCGGCGGCGGUUCCGGUUCCGGCGGCGGCGGCGGCGCGGGGGAGGCACCGGGAGAGGAGAGGGAGAGGAGGAGGAGGAGGGCAAGGGGAAAGCGAACGACGAGAAGCGGCGGCGCCGCCGACAACACCGGCAGCGGCGCCAGCAGCGGAAGCCGAGCCGCUCCUCUCCCCCCCCCGCCCCGCGCUACCGGGGACGAUCCGCCCCCCGCCCCCCCCUCCCGGUCCCCGCCCGCCUCCUUCCCCGUUUCCCCCCUCCCUUCCCGUCCUCCUCCUCCUCCUCCUUCUCCCGGAACCCGCCUCGCUCCUCCCGGCCCGCGCCGCCCCCGCAGGUUCGUCCCGGGGGGAUCCCGGUGUGGGGGGGGGGGCGGAAUGACCGAAUUACCGGGGGUUACCGGAGCGGGGGGAGCGGCUCGGGAUGA